CUCGCGCAUGCGCAGUUAGCAGUCGCUGCUGGGCGGCUGCCGGCGGGAUCGGUCUGGGGAGACGCAGGGGACCGAGUAGCAGCCAGUCGGACACCUGAGCUGCCGCUGCCGGACACAAGCCCGCAGGACAGAUGGUCAAUAUGCAUUUCCAAGGUGUUGGACUAUGCUUGAGUCUUCUGUUCAUCACUGUCAAUGCAGAAUUUAUGAAUGAUGGUGUUGACGUAGAAGACUUCAAUGAAAAUUCAGAAGAGAGUAAUAUUAAAGAAGAUGAAACUUCCUCAGGGACUAUUAAAUAUAAGACACCUCAGCCUAUAGGAGAAGUGUAUUUUACAGAAACAUUUGACAGUGGAAAGCUGGCUGGGUGGGUCUUAUCAAAAGCAAAGAAGGAUGAUAUGGAUUCAGAAAUUUCCAUAUAUGAUGGAAGAUGGGAAAUAGAAGAGCUGAAGGAAGACCAGGUACCCGGCGACCGAGGACUGGUUCUGAAGUCUAAAGCCAAGCACCACGCAAUAUCUGCCGUCCUCGCCAAACCCUUUGUUUUCUCCGAUAAACCUUUGGUAGUCCAAUAUGAAGUCAAUUUCCAAGAUGGUAUUGACUGUGGAGGUGCAUACAUUAAACUGCUAGCAGACACUGAUGAUUUGAUUCUGGAAAACUUUUAUGAUAAAACAUCCUAUACCAUCAUGUUUGGACCAGAUAAAUGUGGAGAAGAUUAUAAACUUCAUCUUAUCUUCAGACACAAACAUCCCAAAACUGGAGCUUUUGAAGAAAAGCAUGCCAAACCUCCAGAUGUUGAUCUGAAAGAGUUCUUCACAGACAGAAAGACUCACCUCUAUACCCUUGUGAUGAAUCCGGAUGAUACAUUUGAAAUCUUCAUUGAUCAGAAAGUUGUGAACCAAGGGAGCUUGCUAGAGGAUGUGGUCCCACCUAUCAACCCACCCAGAGAAAUUGACGAUCCCAACGACAAGAAACCAGAUGAGUGGGAUGACAGAGCCAAAAUCCCCGACCCCAGUGCGGUCAAGCCGGAGGACUGGGAUGAAAAUGAACCUGCCCAAAUAGAAGACUCAAGUGCUGUUAAACCUGAUGGCUGGCUUGAUGAUGAACCAAAGUUUAUCCCCAAUCCUAGUGCCAAGAAGCCUGAUGAUUGGAGUGAUGACAUGGAUGGAGAAUGGGAGGCACCACGUAUGCCCAAUCCAGCCUGUCAGAUUGGAUGUGGCGAGUGGAAACCUCCUAUGAUAGAUAACCCAAAAUACAAAGGAGUCUGGAAACCGCCAAUGAUCAAUAAUCCUAGCUACCAGGGAAUCUGGAGUCCUCAGAAGAUCCCUAACCCCGAUUAUUUUGAGGAUGACCACCCAUUCCUUCUGACGUCUUUCAGUGCUCUGGGCUUAGAGCUUUGGUCCAUGACUCCCAACAUCUACUUUGAUAAUUUUAUCAUCUGUUCAGAAAAGGAGGUGGCAGACCGCUGGGCCGCAGACGGCUGGGAACUGAAGAUAAUGGUGGCGAAUGCUAACGAGCCCGGUGUGCUCAAACAGCUAACCACAGCAGCAGAGGAGCGCCCGUGGCUCUGGCUCAUGUACCUUCUGAUGGCUGGGUUGCCCAUAGCAUUAGUUACUUCGUUUUGUUGGCCAAGAAAAGUAAAGAAAAAAUAUGAAGACACGGGUCCUAAGACAACUGACAUAUGUAAACCACAGACCAAGGCAGCUCUGGAACAAGGGGCAGAGGAGGAGAAGGCCCCGGAGAAGCCAGAAGAUUUGGAAGAGGAAAAGCAGCCCAGUGAUGGUGACAUGGUCAUUGUUGAAAAGGUAGAGAAAGUUGGUGAACCGGAAGAGAAGAGAGAAGAACAGGAAACCAUAGAAGGGCAGGAGGAAAUGAACAAACUGAAUAAAUCUGGAUCAGAGGACGAGAUGAAAGAAGCCGACGAGAGCACAGGGUCUGGGGACGCACCGGUGAAGUCAUUACGCAAGAGGAGGGUACGCAAGGACUGACGUGUGUCAAGUAUUUCAAAUCCCCGAGAGACGGAGCUGGCAUUCUACAGUUAGCGUGCCCAAAAGGACAGUGAAUCCAUCUGCACAAACUCUUUCUAAAUAUCUAGCAAUGUUACUUUUUCAGAUACUUCUUUCUUUCUUUCUUUUUGUGGGGGGAAAGUAACUUUGAAGUUAACUGGUCUUUGAAUUUAGAAUAAAAGAAAAGUGGCACAUUACAUGA